AUGGGGGUGUUUAUAGAUGAGUUUGUUGAGUACUUUGAAUGCAGCACACGUGCAGCAGGGCUGGUCGCUACCCUUUCAUUCACCGUUGGCACCGUAACAGGAAUCUUUGUUGGAGUUUUAGUGAAUAUAUUUGGAGCUAGACGGCUGAUGAUUGUAAGUGGUGCGUUAAUUGCUGUGUCUUUCAUCAUGGCCGCAGUGGUAUCGACGUCACUGGUCCACAUUAAUCUGUGUUUCCUCGUAGGCAGCUUCGGAUACUCCGUAAUGCAAACUAUGUCAUCCGCAGAGCUGUUGCAGUAUUUCCCAGAUAACUUCGCUUCCGUGAGUGGAAUCAGCUCGGUAGGGGGCGCUGUUGGUAUAAUGAUUCUCCCUCCCGUGGUGCAGCAAUUAAUCAAGCUGUAUGAUUGGCGAGGUGCUCUGGCUCUUCUCGGUGCUAUGUCGGCAAAUUACUGCGUCUUCGCUGCUCUGGUAAGACCUCUGCGUACCAGAAACUCCUACACACCUAUAGCUGAUGGUGAGCCGAGCUCUUCAACUAAUCCACCUCCCAGCGAGUCACUCUGUGAUAAUUGGAGACAAAGGUUAGGAGCAAUGGGUGAGAAAAUUGACAUUAAAAUGUUCGUUGAUAAACCAGGAUUCGUCACCACCCAGGCUGUCAAUUUCUUAUGUGGGGUUUUAUACUGUGGUUGGCAUAUCUAUCUCAUCCCGAAUGGUAUUGCACUAGGGUUCAAUGAGACAAAGUCGUCAUUCCUGGCUACUUUUGGCGGCUUCGGGGCCGUGUUUGGACGCCUUUCAUCCGGCAUUUUAAUCGACUGCGGACUCCUCCAAACACAUAAUCUCCUCGCUGGGUCGUCUUUCCUGCUGGCCUUGGUGUGUCUCCUUGAUCCCAUCGCUGCACCAUCAUAUGAGGCAGUAGCUGCCCUCGCAACUCUUGGCGGGUUGUGUUUGGGAGUAAUCUUUCCCUUAACGAUCGUCUUGUCAGUUCGUUUUCCUGAAGAGAAAAGAGUGUCUGCCCUAUCUUGGAUGUUGGUAUUUUUCGGUACCGGUAUGUCAGCUGGAAGUUUCCUUUUCGGUUGGAUAUAUGACGUGACGGGUGAUUAUGGAGUUGCUUUCUGCAUGAUGGGAGUCAUUUCUGCUGUCAUGGGUGUGUUGUCUUUGACGUUAGGGUCUACCUGCUUUCCGUGUAAAGCUCGGGAGUAA